AUGGUCCGAAGAGCCCAUAGAAAGUCGCGCAACGGCUGCCUCGAAUGCAAGCGGCGUCAUGUCAAAUGCGACGAGAAACGGCCUGUCUGCUCCAACUGCAUCAGCUCGGAGCGGGAUUGCGAAUAUGGGACUCGGUUGUUGACUGCGACUCCAGUGCGCCCAUUGACAGUCUCGCCGGUGCCUGAUACGCCUCGCAGUUCGGCUUCUGCAGGAAGUCCCUCGUUAUGCGAUGACCAGCCCGUGAACAUGCUGCAUGUUGAGCUCUUCCACAAUCUCUACACGAAGACGCACCACUCCUUCGACCCAACGGGGUCACUACCAUGGCUUCCUGAACUCCUCUCCCAGUCCAUCACAACUCCCUAUCUGGUCAACGAGCUGCUGGCCUUCAGCGCCCUCCAUCUGAGCACGCAGCGUCCAGACCGCCGAACCUUCUACCACUUUCACGCCGCGCAACUGCAAACCCACGCCCUGGCCAUCUUCAACGAGACAAACCCCGAAGUUACCCAGGAGACAUGCCUACCGCUCUUCCUCUUCUCAUCUGUCCUUGGCAUCCACAUGCUCUGCGAUACCCUCAUCUACCGCGAAAACAACCUCGACACCUUCAUCCCCCGAUUCGCGCACUACCUGCGUCUCCACCACGGCUCGCGCACAAUCAUCGGCCAGGCGUGGAAACUGCUAAAAGACUCGAUCCUCAAACCGGUGUUCGACACUGGCAUGUCGCUCUACAGAUCCGGCCCGUUGGGGGCUGGAUACAGAAAGCUCCUGGACUUGGUAGUCGCAGCAAACCUAGGGAGCGAACCCACAGCAAUCUACCGCCAGGCCAUCGAAUCACUGCAGGCGUGUACGAACGUGGUGGACAUUGCUGACCGCGAGACGCACGUUCACCAUGUGGCGAUAAAUGGGGUCAUUGCCUGGCCGGUGCUGAUCAAGCUCGAGUUCAGCGAGCUUCUGGAGCAGAGCAGGCCGGAGGCGCUGGUGAUCCUGGCGCAUUAUGCGGUGCUGCUGCAUCGGUUUAGGGAGACCUGGCUGUUUGCAGACUCGGGCAGGUUCUUGAUUCAGGAGAUUGGGAGAUGUCUGGGGGAGGAGUGGGAGGAGUGGUUGGCCUGGCCGAAUGCUCAAUGCCAUGAUACGUAG